CCGCCUCGUCGCGUUGAAUUUGGGGGCGGGGAUUAUGCAUUGCUUCCGGCCGUAGACGACGGCCGCAUCUUCUCCCUCCUCCUCCGCUGCUGCUGCUGCUGCGGCGGCGGCGGCGGCGGCGAUGGCGGCGCCGGCUCCCCCUCCUGCCCCGAGCUCGGCUCCGGCGAAGGCCUGCUUCAACCCGGAGUGCUCCGAGGCCAAGCCGGAGAGGCCCCGGAAGGGCUGGCGGCUCCGCGCCGGCGACUUCGCCGAGCUCUGCGAUCGAUGCGCCAAUAUUUAUGAGGAAGGCAGAUUUUGCGAAACUUUUCACCCAAAUGCUUCUGGUUGGAGGUGUUGUGAAUCAUGUGGGAAGAGGGUACAUUGUGGAUGUAUUGUCUCAGCUCUUGCAUUUGCCCUGUUGGAUCCCGGAGGAAUUGAGUGCAUGUCAUGUGCUCGGAAAAACUUAGUCUUGACUCCAAAUCCAGCAUGGCCAUCUUUGGUUUUCCAUGCACCUUUUCCUGAUAGACUUAAGGAACUUUCUGUGAAAAAUUGGAAUCAAUUAGCUGGAUCAGGUCCUGUACCUUGGAGGCAGGCACCUACUCUGUUUAAUACAUCCAUGUCCCGUCCUGAGCUGCAGCCUAGGGCGCCACAUGAUGCAUCCACAAGCAUGGAUCGAUUUGGAGUUGGUGAACGGUAUUCUAUUUCUUCCAUGGACAAUAGGAGAAUAGAAGACUUCUCCAACAGAUUUAUGAAUGGAAAUGUGAAGCUUGGUGCAGUCGAGAAACUUGAAAAUGGCAUUGCAGGACCCAACAGCGACGACCACCUAAAUCCAUGCAAGAUCAAUCCUCAACAGUCGACCUCUGUGAAGGAGGAUCCAUCUACUCCACCAUAUGGAUUGGCUGUGCCGCAUGCUUCGGGCAAUGACUCAAAUGGUCACAUAGGACUUGCAGGGCAUUUUCGGCCAGCACCCUCAACGCUGGGAAAGCAUUUCUAUGGAAGUAUGCUCAAUGAUACUAACUCAUCUGGUGAAAGUCAUGCACGUAAUGGAAGGCCUCGAGGAGAUGCCAGGGGAAGGAAUCAAUUACUUCCUCGUUAUUGGCCCAGGAUAACAGAUCAAGAGCUACAACAAAUCUCUGGAGACUCGAACUCUGUAAUCACUCCUCUGUUUGAGAAAAUGUUGAGUGCUAGUGAUGCAGGUAAAAUUGGACGUUUGGUGCUGCCAAAAAAAUGUGCUGAGGCAUAUUUUCCGCCUAUUUCUCAGCCUGAAGGAUUGCCUCUCAAAGUUCAGGAUGCCAAAGGCUCAGAGUGGAUAUUUCAAUUUCGAUUUUGGCCCAAUAAUAACAGUAGAAUGUAUGUUCUGGAAGGAGUCACGCCAUGCAUACAGUCCAUGCAGUUGCAAGCAGGAGACAUAGUAACCUUUAGUCGGUUAGAACCAGAGGGAAAAUUGAUCAUGGGAUUCAGAAAGGCUUCAACUGCUCCCCCAUCUGAUCAGGAGAAUGAAACGGCUAAGAGUAGCAGCGGAAUUACUGUGCAAGAUCAGGCUGAAUUGGCAGAUCCUAGUUCAUGGUCUAAAGUUGAUAAAUCUGGAUACAUCGCAAAAGAAGUUCUUGGGGCUAAAUCUUCCUUGUCCAGAAAACGGAAGAGUAGUACCUUGGGUUCAAAAAGUAAGCGACUGAGAAUUGAAAAUGAGGACGUUAUAGAGCUGAAACUAACAUGGGAAGAAGCUCAAGGACUGCUUCGUCCACCUCCUAAUCACAGACCUAGUGUAGUGGUAAUUGAGGGCUUUGAGUUUGAGGAGUAUGAGGAUGCUCCAGUACUCGGGAAGCCAACAGUUUUUAGGACGGAUGCUGUGGGAAAAAAGAUUCAAUGGGCUCAAUGCGAAGACUGCUUGAAAUGGAGAAAAUUGCCAGCUGAUGCCCUUCUUCCCUCAAAAUGGACUUGUGCUGAUAACAGUUGGGAUCCAGAAAGAUCAUCUUGCUCGGCGGCUCAAGUCUUGACGGCAGAAGAGAUUGAAGAUAUGCUAUCUAAUAAUAAUCCAGCACCUUCUAAGAAAGCCAAGGCUCCUAAACAAGAGAAUAUGGAAGCACUGGAGGGGCUGGACACUCUCGCCAACCUAGCAAUCUUAGGAGAAGGCGAGGUGCUCCCGUCAUCUUCUUCACCAUCUCAAGCCACAACAAAGCACCCUCGGCACCGACCAGGGUGUUCGUGUAUUGUUUGUAUUCAACCCCCUAGUGGAAAGGGCCCAAAACACAAGCAGACAUGCACAUGUAAUGUCUGUCUAACUGUGAAGCGCCGUUUCCGCACCCUGAUGCUGAGGCGCGAAAAGAAACAGUCGGAGAAAGAAGCGGAAGGUUCGCGCAAGAAGUUGCAACACCAGAACCUAUCACUCGCAGAAAAAUUACCAGAAGACGACCCUUCACAAUGCAAUAACAACACUGCAAAUAGCAGCCCAAGCCAGAAAAAAGCUGGUAAUGAUGGUUCUGAUGACGAAAUGAACAGGAUUAAAAGCUCGGGUUCACCUUUUAAAGGUCAGAUUGAUCUUAAUAUUCAGCCGGAGCGGGAGGAGGAUCUCUCGCCUGGGUCAGAUUCUGGUGGUAUGAUGAAGUUGCUGCAUGAUGCCACCCAGAAAUAUCUCAGGCAGAGAUUUUCGACCUCAGACAGCUUUAGGAAUUCCACAGGCGAUCCAGCCAAGCUGGAUCUAGAUGGCGGCGAAAGGCCUGUCGGCGAAAGGCCUGUCGGCGACGCGGUAGAGAGUGGUCAUCAAGAGGUCAACGAGGAACGAGCUAAAGCUUUGGCAUCUACCGUGCAUAAAUGAAGUAUUGUAUACCUAACACUCAUUGCUGUGUUGAUCCUGAGGUAGGGUUUUUGCUGUGUUUCCGAGGCAGGCCUGGGACAGGUAUUUGUAGUUGUACAUUCAUCCAUUUUGAGAUUGGGCUAUUUUAGUUCCUGUACAUAGGAAGAGAGUAGGAAUUAGACCGAAUGGUUGAAGGCCAUUGAUUUUGCUGAUUAAUACACGAUUUUAUUGCCCCGUUCACUGUAAUAUCAGCCGAUUUCCAGAGUUUUUAAGAGCAAAA